CUCCGUGUGGUCGGGCAUCCGUGGGCGCACUCAUUAGCGCGCGUGUGCCUAUAGACCGUGAGCCGACGGGUCUGUGGCCGGGGCGCGUCCGGGAGUGCGCGCGCGAGUCUCUGCGCCCUAAUCUAGGUGGGCUUCCAAGUGGCGUGGGAUCCGCGCGUACCCUCACUUAUGGCCGGGAAGGGGUUUGCAUGAGGAUGGAAGCGCCUGUGUUUUUGAGCGGCAUCCCUUUUCCUAGAGACGUUUCCUGAGCGCCCCCUGCGACGCACUGGCACCUCGAGGCGGGCCUGGCUGCAGGCCCUGCCCUGAUUGUGGGAGCCAGACUGACCUACCUGGCAGUUAGCAAAUGAACCUGUGGUGGUGAGGGCCCUGCCCAGAAGGCAAGGGGCCACUAGGAGGAGGUGAAGUUUGAGUGGAGACCUGGAGGUCAACCUGGCAGAGCGGAGGGAAAAGUUUUCUGAGAAGAGGAAACUACAUGUGCAAAGGCCCAGAGGUUGAAGGAGGGCCAGAGCUUGACGAGCAAACCCUUUCAGACUUGGGAGGAUCUAGGAAAUGACCUUCCAGUCAUCCUUUCUUGGAGAGUUGUUAGAGGAUGUGCUUCAGCAAAAUUAGGUCGAAAACUAAGAAAGUCAGCCUUGGGAUCCAAGCCAGAGCAGAGGCUCCCAGAAGCCACCUAGAAGCCAGAGGAGCCUCGGUGGCACUGAAGGGACACUCAGGCCUUCUUGGAACAGGGAGGAAGGGACUGCCAUAGGGCUCCACAGCUACACUGAGCAACAGACCACCUGUGACAUCUCAGGAGCUUCUCUGAAUACGCUUCAAAGGACAGGAUUCAUCCCACCCACGAAGUCCAAGGCACUGGCAUGGAGAAAAGACUGUGCUUGUGUUGUUUCCUCUCAUUUUAGACUAAAAACCUCUGAGCUGUUGGCUGGUAGGGAUGAAGAGGUGACCCCACAGACUGAAUUGGGCCUGCCCCACCCUGGGUCCCUGGUCCAUUUCUGUCCCGGUGAUAGACCGUAGCUCAGGUGUCCUUCGGGAAGCUUUCUCUGAUUUUGCCCCCACCCCCUUGCCAGCUGGAACAAGCACCAUCCACCAGGCCUUUGCCAUCAGAGCUGGGACUCAACCAGUGAUGGCACUGCUGCACCCAGCAUGUGAGCAUGUGCUAGGCUUGGGAGCCCAGACAAAGGUAGGGACUCCUCCUGAAGCUCUCCCUGGGGACCCUGGGCUAUGGGCCUCAGGGGCUUUGAGUUGGCAAGCCUGCCUUUUUGGAAGAGGAAAGGGGAAGAGAAAUCCCCUGUGGGGAGUUUGAGUCAGCUGAACUGUCAUAAUGGAAACAGCAGAGCCCUGGGCAUCAGGACACUUCCCCUCUGUGGGCCUCAGAGUCCUCCUCAAGAAACAGAAAUAACAGUGCUGCACAGGGAGUUGGGCUUAAGUGACAGAAGGGUGACAGAGCACUCUGUUAACUUGCAGGUGUGAAGGGAGACACUGCUGCUGACCGCACGGUGACAGCUGGUCAGGGGUUAAGAGACUGCAGCAUCUUGCCUCCAGCAGGGAUGAAUUCUUUCACUUCCCUUAGUUCCAGGUCUGAACUUGGACUGGUUGGAGCUUUCUGGGGACCAUGAAUUCCUCUUGUCUACCAGUCACGAACAUUCUAGUGAGAAUCCUGCUGUCUGUCCAGAGAAGACAUCUUGACUGGAGGGGCAGUGGUUUGGGAGGCUGUCCCUGAAGUGUGGAGAGGAGUCUCAGGUUGAGGAACGCCAGGGUGGCCACCAAGCCUCAUGUGGGGGUGGACGGUGACAGGCUGCAUGGGCGGGAAAUGAAGGGCCACCCGAGGGAACCCUGUGCUCUGAGACUCUUACUCAACGUGUCAGUCUGACACCUCCAGGCACAUCCUGUUCCCAUCUAACCCUUGCGCAAGGUCCGGGCCCAGUGGGAGGAGGCCGGAGGCUCCCCCACGGACGCGGACCCAGCCUCCAGGCCUCGGCUACGUUCGGAAUGACCCCAUCACCUCACUGGGUGACGAGGAGGACUUUUUCCCUUGCAAAGGCCACCACCCCACGCGUGUGGCGCAGCACUACGCCCGCUCGGGUGGCUGCGUGACGCGGGCAAGCCACUUCGCCUCUGGAGGUCUUAGUGUUCUUGCCUGUGAAGUGGGGUUGCCAACAGCCUUUGCUUCUUGGGGUCGUCAGGGGCCCCGGUAAGCCGGAGGGCGCCCGGGCCGCUCGUGCACUCCCCGCGGGAGGCUGGAGUUUGGGGGCGUCGCCGCCCCGCCCCUCCCCGGCCCGUCCCCGCCCCCGGCCCGCUUCCUCCUCCCGCGCGGCAGCCCCCUGCCUCCGCGCCAUGUCCGCCGGCUGGUUCCGGCGCCGCUUCCUGCCCGGGGGUCCGCUGCCCGCGCCGCGGCCGCCCAGGCCGCGCUCCAGCCCCGUGCCCUACCGGCGGCCCCGCUUCCUGCGCGGCUCCGGCUCGGGCCCCGGCACCGCCGACGCUCCGCGCCGCCCCGACGUCCGGCCCGUGCGCAGUCCAGCGCGGGGCCGCGCACUGCCCUGGAACGCAGGCUACGCCGAGAUCAUCAAUGCGGAGAAAUCUGAGUUCAAUGAGGAUCAGGCAGCCUGUGGGCAGCUGUGCAUCCGGAGAUGUGAGUUUGGGGCUGAAGAGGACCAGGAGUGGCUGACCUCGUGCCCAGAGGAGUUCCUGACAGGUCAUUACUGGGCACUGUUUGAUGGGCAUGGUGGGCCAGCUGCAGCCAUCCUGGCUGCCAACACCCUGCACUCCUGCCUCCGCCGGCAGCUGGAGGCCGUGGUAGAGGGCAUGGUGGCCACUCAGCCCCCCAUGCACCUCAGCGGCCACAGCAUCUGUCCCAGUGAUCCCCAGUUUGUGGAAGAGAAGGGCAUUAGGGCGGAAGAUUUGGUGAUCGGGGCUCUGGAGAGUGCCUUCCAGGAAUGUGAUGAGGUGAUCGGGCGGGAGCUGGAGGCCUCAGGCCAGAUGGGCGGCUGCACAGCCCUGGUGGCUGUGUCCCUGCAGGGAAAGCUGUAUGUGGCCAAUGCCGGGGAUAGCAGGGCCAUAUUGGUACGGAAAGAUGAGGUUCGGCCCCUGAGCUCUGAGUUCACCCCGGAGACUGAGCGGCAGCGGAUUCAGCAGCUGGCCUUUGUCUACCCUGAGCUUCUGGCUGGUGAGUUCACCCGACUGGAGUUCCCUCGGCGACUGAAGGGGGAUGACUUAGGGCAGAAGGUUUUGUUCCGGGAUCACCACAUGAGAGGCUGGAGCUACAAGUGUGUGGAGAAGUCGGAUCUCAAGUACCCACUGAUCCAUGGGCAGGGUAGACAGGCUCGGUUACUGGGAACACUGGCCGUCUCCCGGGGCCUGGGAGACCAUCAGCUCAGAGUCCUGGACACAAACAUUCAGCUCAAGCCCUUCUUGCUCUCUGUCCCACAGGUGACUGUCCUGGAUGUGGACCAGCUGGAGCUGCAGGAGGAGGAUGUGGUUGUCAUGGCAACUGAUGGGCUCUGGGAUGUCCUAUCCAAUGAGCAGGUGGCACGGCUAGUGCGGAGCUUCCUCCCUGGCAACCGAGAGGACCCACACAGGAGCCAGCUCUGUAGCCACAGGUCCCUAGAAAGAGGGGCAGUGACGGGCCUAUUCCAAAGAACGUGGUACCUCAGCUUUGGACACACAAGAACUCUCGAGAGGAAUCCUCUUCCUUGCUGACAGGCAAGUGGCUGCUCUGGCUGCAGGUAUGUUUAUUAGGCAGCCCUUCUUAUAAACCCAGUCUCAAGCACUCUGAACAGUUACUCCUACCAUGAAUUUUCUACUUUGGAGAGCCAGGAGUGGGCAGUAAUAGAUCAUCUGGUUUCUAGAAGUCUCUCCAUUCUGAUAAGGCAGAGCUAUAUACAGUGGGUGGCACUGCAGAAAAGCUGCAGAUUCCAGUCGACAUUUUGGAAAGAUGUAUGCCCUUUGCCCUUUGAGAAACAAGUCAAAAGUAAUUGCUAACAAAACAAAACAGUAAUUGCUGGCAAUUUACAGCCUAUUUCUGCUGCUGAACAAAGGCAGUUAAUGGCUUGCUUCCCCCUUAGCAACUAUGUACUCUUGGGCAAGUCAUAACCUUGUGGAGCCUGUUUCUGUAUCUGCAGAGAACCUAUGACCUACUUAAAUGUUUGAGAACUUCGUGAAAUAACAUGCCACUGGUACUGCUCUAAGAAGGCCAUGCAGGGGAAGGAAAGGCCAUGAGCCAGCUGUAGCUCAUUUCAACCCUGAUCAAGACCUCUCCCUCUUCCAAGAGAAGGCAAGGAAAAGAAGAAAGCAGACAUACCAGGUAAACAGGAAUGACCUGUAAUUGGAAAAGAAGCUUCAGACAAACUGAAAAUGCUCUGGUUCCAGCAUCUUGUCCCCAGAUGCCGGAAGCCAGGCACAAAGGGCAUGCAAAAGUGACUGUCACAUAUGUACAAGCGCAGACAGAGCAUCACCGAGCAAAAAGGGGGCUAAUACUGCAGAGAGGGCCCCAAAGUGCGGCUUGAGGAAUACAAGGGAAGUUAUCCCAAGACCCUCAGUUAGCUGCCGUGGGAACAGCAAACACUUGAAGCUUUGCUUCAUUCUGUCUCCCAAAGGAAAAAAGGGUAAUAGGGAAGACUCACUAACACUUGUGGCAAACACUAUUAGCAAGGAUGCAGUCUUUCUCUCGGGCUGCGGGACUCGACCUCUUUCUGCUGAACUCUGAGAAAUGACAGAUAUUUUAUAUACAUAUAUAUAUAUGCAUACAUACAUAUACAUAUAUAUGUAUGCACACACGGAUAUACUUAAAUGAAGGUGUACACACUGUGCUAAAAUACAAACAACAGAAACCCCAUGUCAUAUAUAAAAAGGCUAAA